AUGCCGGGAGUAGUAGCAGGUAACUCCAGUUUCAUGGAUGAUGGUGAAGAUUCAUUAGUAGAACUAUCUAAUGGCUCAUCCGGGAAGUUUAAUGUUCUCUAUAGUGGAGAUCGAGAUGGGAGCAUAUGCUUUAAAGGAUUUCAGAUUGGAAAGAUGGUAAGUCGCUCUUCUGACUUUAAGUCAAUCUUUUUUUUUUUGUAUCUCGAUCCUCGGUGCAAGUUCACUGCCGACGGUACGAGCCUUCCCUUAACCACUUCUCCAUCUCCUAUAUAUAAAGGUAGUGUAUAUGGUGUGAGCUCUCUGCUAUUUAUAAAGGUAGUGUAUGGUGUGAGCUCUCUCCUAUAUAUAAAGGUAGUGUAUGUUGAGAGCUCUUAA